AUGGGGUGCAUGGGGGCGGGCUGCCUGGCGGUGCUGGCGGUGCUGUGUGGGGCUCUCGGGGAUGCUCCCAGCAGAGGCAUCAAAUGCGGGGGGGUGCUUUCAGCACCCUCUGGCAAUUUCUCCAGCCCCAACUUCCCGGGGCCAUACCCCUACGAGACAGAGUGCACGUGGCUGAUCGUGGUGGCCGAGGGCUCCUCCAUCCUGCUCUCCUUCAGCCACUUCGAGUUGGAGUACCAUGCCGCCUGUGCCUACGACUACCUCCAGGUCUACAACGGGGCUGCCCGGGAUCAGGGCAACCUCCUGGGCACCUUCUGCGGCCACAGCCCCCCGCCACCCUUCUCCUCCGCCUGGCAUGUCAUGGCCAUCGUCUUCCGCUCUGACCGGCAUGUGGCCAAGCGCGGCUUCGCCGCUGCCUACCAGAAAGAUGCCUGUGGUGGGCAGCUGACAGGGCUGUCCGGGGAGAUCACCAGCCCCCGCUACCCCGAGAGCUACCCCAACGAAGCCGAGUGCCGCUGGCGCAUCGGGGGGGCUGGUGGCCCCCUCACACUGGUGUUCACCGACUUCCAGGUGGAGGGGGGCCAGGGCUGCACCUUCGACUACGUGGCCCUUUUCGAUGGCCCCACCGCUGCUGCCCCCCGCCUGGGACGCUACUGCGGCAGCGCCCGCCCACCUCGCACCGUCUCCUCUGCCCCGCACCUCCUCAUCCUGUUCAAGUCGGACUUCAACAUUGGCGGCAGGGGCUUCAAGGCCCAUUUCUACUCGGGCGAGUGCCAGGAGGUGUUCACCACCAUCAAAGGGAAUCUCUCCAGCCCUCGGUACCCCAACUUCUACCCCAACAACCUCAAGUGCCAGUGGAGCAUUCGGCUGCCCCUGCGCUACCGGGUCAAGGUCUUCUUCUUGGACAUGGAGCUGGAGGGCCGGAGCAGCCUGACAGGCGGCUGCGACUAUGACCACCUGGCCGCCUUCGAUGGUGGUGCCGAGAACGGGUCCUUGCUGGGGCUGUGGUGCGGGCGGGAGACCCUGGCGCCCAUCACCUCCCGCAGCAACCAGCUGCUGCUGGUCCUCCACACCGACCGCAACACGGCCAAGAGGGGCUUCUCCAUCACCUACGUGGGAGUUGUGCCCAUGAACGUCAGCUGCACCCGGACGGAAUUCCACAUCCAGAUCCCUGUGCAGUCCCUGGCCCAGCUGGAGAGGAAUAGGAUUUAUUUGGGGACCCCCUCCUGUGCAGCCCAGGUGGUUGGCGGGAACUUUAAAAUACACACCAGGUUCGACACCUGCAGCACCGAAUCCCAGAAACGCAACAACACAUCUGUCAUUGUCAGCACCCUCUACAUCGAUUUUUCGGUGGGCAACCAGGAGGACAUCCACCAGUACGAGGUGCAGUGUGAGCCAAAGAGGAAGGAAGCCUCGGUGACCCUCAUCGCUGGCCCUGACCCGUCCAGGCUCAGCCAGGCAGAAAACCUGGUAGAUGCCCAACAGCAGGACAGGGGAGCAAUGGACGCCCGCGAAAUCAAGAGCCAGGACACCAGCGACAUCGUCUUUAUCAGCAUCUGCAUCCUGGCCGGGCUCCUCAUGGUCAUCGCGGUGGUGGGGCUCGUGCUUCUGUAG